AGAGCCGAGAAUCACUGUUUUUUUAACUAAAAGGUAACCGCUAACCUUGGAUUUCAGCCGCGCUCUCCACGGCGACACGCAGAAUGAAGAGCCAGUGACACUCCCGUGGAUAUGCUUUGACUCUCCGGCAAGAGAAAAAACAACUGUGCCCUCUUUUCGCUUUUAAACGGUUUUUCUCCUACGCCCCCCAUUUAGCUUGCUAGUUAGCCAUCCCGCUAGCUGGUAGCGCCGCACAGCACAGCUCUCCUCCUCCCGGCUGCUUCUCCCACAACAACUGGGCGACGAGCGAAGAAGAGGAGCUCGGCGACAAAAAGGCCAGAUAAACAGAGGGUGAGCUCACUCCCAACAAACAGGCAUCCGUGAUCUGAUGUGAGAUCCACGGAGAGACUAUGCCUAGCCCUUUAUUCCACCCCGAGAUUAUGGACCACGACGUGGUGAUCAGCAGCCAGCACAACGGGGUCGGUCUGCCCCGAGAGACGGACCAGGAGUCCCGGGAAGAAGACCACCAAGAGGCCCUCCGCUUCGCCCUGGACCAGCUGUCACUCAUGGCUCUGGAGAAGGUGGACUGUGGGGGCGGCGGUGGCUCUGGAGGCAGCGGGCUUGUCGACACCCUGGAUGGGACCCAGGGUCCGGGCUCCGAGAGCUGCAACGGUGUGGGUGGAGGGGGCUACGUGGAUCUACAGAUGCUGGAGCAUCCCAGCGGGUCCCGGGACUCGCCGACGUCCUGCUCUCCAUCCCCAGAGUACUACGGCUCAGGCGGGUACCACAUGGCCGGCUCGCACUCCAUGCUCCACGGGGAACAAAGCUCCGUCCUCUGCAGCAGGAAAAGAAGUGUCAACAUGACUGAAUGUGUGCCUGUCCCCAGCUCUGAACAUGUGGCCGAGAUAGUGGGGAGACAAGGUUGUAAGAUCAAGGCCCUACGUGCCAAAACUAACACCUACAUAAAGACUCCAGUUCGAGGUGAGGAUCCAGUAUUCAUCGUGACCGGGCGCAGGGAGGAUGUGGAGAUGGCCAAACGUGAAAUUGUGUCUGCAGCUGAGCAUUUCUCUAUGAUCCGGGCGUCCCGCUGCAAAGCUGGAGGGCCUGGAGGAGGAGGAGGUUCUCUGCCUGGACCACCACACCUACCUGGACAGACCACCAUACAGGUGAGAGUUCCCUACAGAGUAGUUGGUUUAGUUGUUGGACCAAAGGGAGCAACUAUCAAGCGCAUCCAGCAGCAGACUCACACCUACAUCGUGACACCCAGUCGAGAGAAAGACCCAGUGUUCGAGGUGACCGGGAUGCCAGAGAACGUGGACAGAGCGAGAGAGGAGAUCGAGACCCACAUCACCCUGCGAACUGGAACCUUUGUAGACCUGCAGGGAGACAAUGACUUCCAUACCAACGGCACCGAUGUCAGUCUAGAAGGCCUCGGCGCCCUGAGUGGAGGGCUGGGGGCAUCUCUGUGGUCCAGAGCUACAGGUCACCAUUCAGCGCCCCCUCCUCCCCCUCCCUCCCCUCCUCCUCCUUCUAUUCCCAUGUCCAUGCACCACUCGUCCAGCCGGAAGAUGUCCUCAUCAGUCGCCUAUCACACGCACAACGGCGGGAUGAGCUCAGACAACUUCAGUGCCGCCCGAAAGGCCAACGAGGGCGGCAGCCCUACUAGCCCUUUUAGCACAGGCUCCAGCAGCGCUGGAGGAGGAUUCACUUUUGGGGGCGAUUCCACCCCAGGACUGCCUUCCUCAGAUGAACUAGGCUUUGAGUUCAGUGCUUCCAACAUCUGGGCACCUUUCGUCAACGGUGGAACAGGCAAUAAGACGGCCGGCUCCUCCCAGCAGCAGCAGCAGCCUCUACGUCGCAACAGCAGCGGCCUCAGCGGCGGCGCCAUCACUCCACGAUUGUCCCCAACUCUGCCUCAGGACACGGGCGUGGGCCCUCUGGAUCACCCACUAGCCCGUCGUGCCCAGAGCGACCCCCUCAGCACUCUGUCAUGGCUGCAGUCCGGCAGCGCGGGAGGCGGCUCCUUCUCUGGAGCGUCCAGCUCCAGCUCCGGCGGCUCGUCGACCGGCUACUCCUCCUGCUCGGCCUCCUCCCUGCCCGGUGGCUCACCCACUGACUCCGAGGGAGGCGGCAGCGGCGUGGGCCUCAGCUCUGGGAUGCUGAGCCGACUGAAAAGCGGCUCUGGUCCUGGGGUUGCAGGUCUGGUUGGCGUCAGCCCCGGGGUCAACAGGGACUGCUUUGUGUGUUUCGAGAGCGAGGUGACAGCAGCCCUGGUGCCUUGUGGCCACAACCUGUUCUGCAUGGAGUGCGCCGGGCAGAUCUGCCAGUCAGCUGAGCCGGAGUGCCCCGUCUGCCACACUCCUACCACACAGUGCAUCCGCAUCUUCUCUUAAUGCCCCGGGCAAGUGGGGUGGGGGGGUAAAUAAUGGGAGGGCGGGGACAGGAAGGGUACCGGAGUGGGGCACCAGCUGUGGCGGAGACAAUGGAAGGAUUCACACUAAUAACCUUCACACAUACAUGAUGGACCAUAAUAAAUGCAUUAAUAGAGAUGAUGAUACUAUGAGGAUGUUGAUUUAUUGCUGAUAACUGUCAAGAUUAAUAAUAACAAUAAUAAUAAUAAUAAUGACAAUGACUUAUUUUCAGAGUGAAGUUAAUUGAAGCUGGUCUGCAGACAGUUGGGGCUCAGACAGUCUCUCGGUGGUGAACUUAUGGAAGGAAACUAGUGUCUUAUCUCUCUUCAGGCCUUCAUUUUGACCCGGAGCAGCCUGCACGGCUGGCUGCCGGUCCGUCUCGACAUUUCUUCAUUCUGGCUUCUUCAGAUUUCUGCCUGCUUUCUCUGUCACAGCCUUUCCUUUUGACACUUUUGUACUUAACAGAUAUUUUUCGAUGAAGCUGUCAAUGAGGCCUGCACUUUUCUACUCCUAAUUUUAAUGUUCUUGACAGGACGCGACCUGUUCCCAAACAAAAUCCCUUUUCUCUUCUGCUCUCACUCAUGCUGUUGGUUGUGACACAAAGCAACAAGGUUCCUCUUUUUUCUGUAAGCUCGGACGUUGUUGUUUUUUUUUUUUCUUUCUUUGUUUUUUUUAUUUUUAUCAAAGGUCGGCAUGUUGGCAGGCACCUAGCAGAACAAUACACCCAAGGGACCUCUUAAGGAUGUUUCUCGUUGCCACAUAAAAUUUAGCCAUGACUAAGUAAAGCCAAAUGAUUGCUAUUAAUAGACGUCUCUUAAUUCUUCGAUUCAGUAACAUGUUGGAUGAAAUUGGAUGAGUCUGCCCCACAUUUCAAAUGUGGACGUUGCACUGAUUCACAUGAAUUAUCCUUUAAUAGGUGAGAAACGUACCAUUAGUGAUGCUGAAGGAAUGUGUCUGAGGUCAGUUCUCUGUAUGUUUGUGUGUUUGGGCUGCCUGACAAUCCCUUUACAUGUCUCUCGCUCUCUCUCUCUCUUUCUCUUUCUGGUGUGCGAUUGCGUGUGCGUGUGAGAAUAAUGCCCACUCAUGCUGUUCUUCACAUCGGCAUCAUCAUCAUGUGUCAUCACCAUGAGAAGGUCUGGUUUCUGUCCUGCUGCCCCUCUCCUUCACUUCACUCUCGUAGUCUUAAAGCAAGGCGAUGCUCUGAUCCAUCCGGAACGCUUCCCUCUCACACACGCUGCGUCUGUUACACUUAGAUCCGCUUCUUUAGUGUUUUCUACUAGUUUUUGACUCUUGACUGUCGAGUGUGUGGCUAACAGACGUAUUUUGAACUCUAGGAUAAGAUAGGGCUUUUCUGAUGUCACACCAGAAUGUUUUUGUCCAAUAAGGAGAGACGGCUUCUCCUCACACAUGAAACAAUAACAAGGGGCUCGAUUGAACCUAUCCCACCCCCCUUCCCCAUGCACUGUAACCCCCGGCCCCUCUAAAAAAAAAAAAACAAAAGGAAAAAAAAAAAAAAGACACAGCUCUUACUGUUUUCGUUAGGUUUGGUCUUCCACCCCUUUGUCAAAGCUGUACGGCACCAUCCGAGAUGACACACUGUUGUAUCCGUACAGCGCUGGACUCCUGGAAAAAUUGUAGUGCACUAUAUGGUUCGUUGUUUGAGAUUUGUCCUUGUGUUUCAUAGCAUUACUGAGUAACUCCAAGGAGGCGGUUACAUCCUGUUUUGUGUUCGUGCUUUGUUUUUUAAAAAAGUCGGUGUGAGUUUGCAGUAACUGCCUCUUAUAGUGUUAAUACUCUACGUAUGAUUUCGGGCGAUGUCGGUGUGAUGGUGCACGGUUGCCGUUGGUGGCCCUUCUGAAUGUGCGUGGAAAUCCGCUCAUAGAAUGAGACAAGCCAUGACAACUGAAUUAAAAAAAAAACGCCACACCUAAUUCUCAAGGGCUUCCUCUGACUGCACAGACACAUGAUCACAUUUUCAGGCUCACACAGUAGGAAGAAUCAACUUAUCCUUUAUGGCAGCUAGUAGCUAGGUCAUCCAGGGCUUCCAGACACUCGUUGUGUUCAAAUCCCAGCAGCUGCAGAAUGUUUUGCGUGUUAUUGUUUUUUUAGAUAAAUGGUUUCUUAAUUGUGCCCCUACACGGUCAUCACAUUCAGAUCCUGUUGGUGCGUAGGGCGCCGCAGUGUGUCGUCCUCCCUGGACGCUACCGCAGAUCAGGACGGUUGUGGGGUUUUAUUUUGAUAUGGAGGAAUGAAGGGUGGCUCUACAUGAGUACGUAACUGGGCAGUUGCUGCUGUGCUUUGGUGCUCCAGCCAGUAUAACGUUAAACUUAUUCACUGUGUUGACUGUUCGUUUGCUACUUUGGUGACGAUGGCAGUAGCCCCCCCUGAGGUAUCUGAUAAGUGGCUGUCCUGGUUGAGCGCAGCAGUGCACUGACUCGAUGGUUGUGGGAGAAACCUGGCAAGGAGCUGGACUGAUAGUCUUUGUGAAGACUAGGUGCUUUGGUGCAGCUCCCUACUGAAACACAGACAUGAACAAACCCCAGCUGAUAGCGGGAGGCCAUUUAGUUCUCAGACUGACUUCUCCAAUGCACUGUAGACCUGACAACCCUGUUCUCAUUCUCGUCGUCCCCUCCCUCCCUCCUCCCUCCUCCCUCCUCCCUCUGUGGGACCGCUGUGUUGAAACUGGAGACCCAUCCUUUCGUCGGGCUCUGAUGUCAAACGUCGCUUUUCUUCGUGCACACUCAGAACAGAUGCAGGGCUGCGAAUGUGUCUGAAUGAACAGAUCUGUGAUGACUGUUGUGUGAGUCUGUUGAGGCCAAUCUUAAAGCCCUUCUUUAAACUGUCCAAGUUGACGCGUUAAAGAAUAAAAUGUGUUGUAUUUUGCCAGAUGGGUCUAAUGUAAAUGCCGGUGCUGCACCGGAGUGUUUCUGGCCAUUGAGAGAGUGUUAGGGUUAAUGUACAGUAGUUUAAUUGUUAAAAAGGUACAAAUUUUUUCAGAUCGACUGCUGAUUUUUAUUUUUUUUAAGUCAAUCUUACCCCCUCCCCCCAUUUCCUUCCUAAAGGUUUGAAAACAGGGUUUCCUGAGGCAUGCUAGCCAGUGACCUCUGACCUUUUUUUGUGAUUAGAGGGGGGAUGCGAAGAGAGCCACGCCAGUAAGGGGUGACAGACGCCCCUCAAGCCUCCGCUCUCCUAUUUUUGCUUUAAUUCUCUUUGUAUGCAGAACCAAAAUGUAAAACGUCAGCAAACUAGGUUUCAGGCCUAACCUGUGUGUGUAUAUACCCUGGAUACAAUCAUCGGGAUCUUGUUUUCAAAAGCAAAAUGACUUAAUUGAAGAUAAGUGUAGUUUCUAAAGAACAUGUAUCAUUAUUUGUAAGUUAACCAUCUGCAUGUCUUCAAGCCACCUGGCAUUAGCUAAUAAUUUUUAAGAUAAAAAAGGAAAAAAAAAAAAAACUUUUUACACGUUUUAUUUUUUACAAUUUAUUUGCUUACCUAAAUAUCCCAGACAAUAAUGUGACCCUUUUUAUUACUUCAAAUUUAUUUUUAUUUUCCAUUUUUUAUUUUCCUUAUUUCCUGUGUACUACAUAUAGGCAAUUUAUAACAAAAUGAGAAAAUUAUUGAAGAAAUUUUAAAAUUGAAAUAUAUUUUAUUUGAAAGUUUAUGGACCUUUUAACCGUGAGCCGGGAAAAAUUGUAUAAUCAUAUAAUUUGAGCUGACUUGACGGUUAUGAGAAAUGUAUCAAGAGUUUUAUUUUUUAUGCUUCUUUAAUAAAGUCUUGUUUUUGGUUUCAUUUUUUUACUGUUAAAUAAGAA